CUGACUUCCUGUCUCAGUAAGCUACGACACACGUAGUCGGUUUACGGCAGUGGCUAGAGAGCAGUGGAAAGGAAGUGAACGAAUUCUUUAUUAGCGAAUUGUGUGUUGCUUGUUCAGAUGUUUCUCCAUAUGCUUAACUUUUUCAUAACCAGAUUUUACUCAACGUUUUAACGGGACACACGUGGUCACAUUUCCUGUAGCAAAACUCCGGAAUAACGGCAGUUUCUGACUGUAAGAGAGAAGCAGUAACCGGGUUCGACCCCGAGCGCAAUGCUGCUCACCGUGUUUUGUGCACCGAGAGACCGCUCGGAAACCACUUUCGCCCUGGAAGUGUCCCCGGAGCUUGAACUCAGGGACUUUUUGGCUCUUUGUGAACUAGAAUCAGGAAUACCAGCCGGGGAGAUUCAGAUCUCAUACGCAGAGCAGCCAUUACAAGAUCCAACCCGAGCCCUAGGGAACUAUGGGCUGAAGGAUGGAGAUGUGGUAGUGUUAAGACAAGCAGAGAGGUUAUUAGGGCAGCAACCCACAGUUCCAGGUCUGCCUCGCAUCGAUUUCAGUUCCAUUGCUGUUCCUGGGACGUCCUCAGGCCAAAACAGACAGCACCAAGCUCAGCGCCCCAGUGUCGCCCAAUCACGGCCGCCCCAAGCCACCACUCCAGGCUCUGGCUCAGGAGCAGGAUCAGGCUCAGCCCUUUCUCCUCAGGGACUGGACAACCCCGCCUUGCUACGUGACAUGUUGCUGGCAAAUCCACAUGAGCUUUCGUUGCUGAAAGAGCGAAACCCUCCACUUGCUGAGGCUCUGCUGAGUGGAGACCUUGAGCGCUUCACCAAGGUGCUAUUGGAGCAGCAGCAGGACAGAGCGCGAAGAGAGCAGGAGAGAAUCAAACUGCUGACUGCAGAUCCCUUUGACUUGGAAGCUCAGGCCAAGAUUGAGGAAGAAAUCAGACAGCACAACAUUGAAGAGAAUAUGACCAUUGCUAUGGAAGAAGCACCUGAGAGUUUUGGCCAGGUGGUCAUGCUAUACAUCAACUGCAAAGUCAAUGGACACCCAGUAAAGGCUUUUGUUGACUCAGGAGCUCAGAUGACAAUUAUGAGCCAAGCAUGUGCAGAGCGAUGUAAUAUCAUGCGUCUAGUGGACAGACGCUGGGCAGGCAUUGCCAAAGGAGUUGGCACCCAGAAAAUUAUUGGCCGAGUUCAUUUGGCCCAGGUGCAGAUUGAAGGAGAUUUCCUGCCUUGCUCUUUCUCCAUUUUGGAAGAUCAGCCCAUGGAUAUGCUGCUAGGCCUUGACAUGCUGAAGAGACACCAGUGCUCCAUAGACCUAAAGAAAAAUGUUCUUCUGAUUGGGACGACGGGUACAGAGACACGUUUCCUACCUGAGGCAGAGCUGCCUGAGUGUGCCCGGCUGGCAUAUGGACCAGAGGGACGAGAGGAUGCCCGGCCUGAGGAGAUUGCAGAUCGAGAACUGGCAGAGGCAAUACAAAGAUCUGUACAGGACAGCGAUAUUGAAGAUGGAAAAACUACCUCACCACAAUCCCUGCCAUUUAAACCUCUCAACCAACCCUCAACAUCUUCAGCCUCAAGUCAUCCCCACAGUCUCACCUUAGAUCGUUCCAAGUCUGCCCCAGCCUCUAUAAACCAAGGAGCGUCCCCAAUUGAAAUUUCCACAUCGAUUGAAUCGUCUCCACUUCAGCCACUGAAAGUUGGUGAACCCUCUCCAGAUCCUUCUGAUGACACCUUCAGAUCUCAGUCCCAAGGACUGGCCGAUUCAACAUCUUGCUUACAGACAGAUGCAGACUCUCCCAUCCCGAGCACUCUUCCCUCUCAGGAACCAUUCUCUAGUACUGUGCCCGAGGACAUUGAAGUGACUGGUGACAUCGUUUCAGGAGAUUCCGACAGUCCGAUAGACACUGUUUUGGGGAAGAAUAUCACUUCCUCUGGGACUGUAGCAGCAGAAUCUCCCUUUAUUCUUUUCAACCCAUGCUCUCAGACUCAAACACUGGAUCAGGAAGUGGACAUGGAUGUUUCUUCCAAUGCAAAACCAGAAACUGGCCAUGACUUUCCUGAUCAGUUCCAGAGAGACCAAGGUAGUGUAAUGGAAGAUGUUUCAGGGGCUCAACCACAAUGCAUGCCUGUUCCAGAUAUGAACCUUGAACCCUGUCCUGCUGAGCCAGCCACUUCUUCUGUGCAUUCAGACUCUGAAAAGAGUGUAAUACCCUGUGAAAGAGACCAGACAGAGGUAGAUAACAUCCCCUCCUUGGCUCAAGCCCUUAAGGAGCUCCAUAAACUUCUGAUGUCCAGCAGUUGGCCAACAGUUUCUGGAUCGAUUCCUCAGUCUGACCCUAAUGCUACAACAUCAAGACAAGAUGUUGAUGAGGUGGGCCAGGAUCAUGCUGCAAGAAACCAAGUCACUUUAAACCCAACUAUUGACACGUCCUCUAAUACUGCCACAACAAAUGACAAGGAGGGAAGUGUUGCCAAAGCUGAAUUUACUUCCCAAUCAGUGAGGGAUACUCCAGACGUACCAAACAAUCCAAGGCACACAGAGAACCAACCUUCUACUCUGGUAGAUCCCAUAGUGGAACAAACGAUACAGCACCCUUAUGCAGCUGAAGGAAAUUGUGCCCUUGCUAUUGAGGAAAGUUCUGGGCCGGUGACUUCUUCCCAAGGAGAUCUUGAGCUCCCUGAGGGUCAGCAAAAGCAGGACAUUGGGGAUGAAAUCAUCUCAGGCAUUGACAUCUCAGCUGACCUGUCUCAGCAGCACCCCCUUUCUGUUGCAGCUGGCUUAUCAACCAAUUCCAGCCUAGGGCCAUCUCCUCAAACUCAAACCACUGCGACGGAUCCUCUUUUCCUCGAAGAAUCCAACCAACUUGCACCACAGCCCUCAAUGGGACAUUUUCCACUAGAGCACAUUCAGAGGAUCCAGGCGUCAGGGUUCUCUGCUCUUGAGGCUGCUGAGGCACUGGAACAGGCUCAAGGCAGCGUGGAGCUUGCCUUAUUGGUGCUGCUUGCAAGAAACAUCACUGUGCCCUCUUAGACUCCAAAUCAACCUGUAGGGGUGGCAUCAGUUAACAUGAGCCUUUUUCAUCCUGUGGUUUUCCUUUAGCAGUCCUCGUUGUUUUGUACUUUGGUCUUAUUCCGGCUCUCUACUUUGCCAACAUACAUGUUUUAAAAUAGAUUCACGAGAAGCUGGCCAUAUUUCCCUUUCAACAGAACAAUAAUGUCUGUGCGGUCUUUUUUUAAAGUUUUGCAUGUUGCCUCAAUAGGUCGUAAUGGAUUGUUGAUUUUAUUGGUUUGGUUUGAAUAAAUUUGAUAAACUGUCAGACAAUUUACAGGAUCAUGAAUAGUUUACUUCAGGUGAUGGGACUUGGUAAUGAAACAAAUGUGGCAGAAAUAGACUCCAACAACUGCAUGGUUUUAGAUCUCAAAAUUGAUUUAUGUGCCUGAUGUUUACUGACCUUACACAGAAUCCUCUGAAGCAUCUUACUAAAUUCAUUUUGUUUAAAUGUGACCAGAACAGAUAGUAAACCGGUAAAGUAGCAUAGUCAGAGUCCUUUUCCCAAUUUCAGUUGGCAAUAAUGUUCAAGCAGAGGUUGUUUUCCUCUUUAAUUACUAUUUUAUUUGAUAGUUGCCAAUCCUGUAUAACUUGACAUGUUUUCAAUAGGUUGCCUUUGGAAAUUAUAAAGUAGACUUAAAUACCAUAACCUUUGUUCAUAGUCCAUCCUUGAACAAUAUUGUCAGUCUAUUAUCAGGAGUAUUUCUUUUUAUCACGUUCAUGAUGUUGUGGUAUUGUUUUAUAUUGUGUUUUCCAUUUAAAAUGGAGUUCAAAGGAAAAAGUUGUUGCUGACAAAGUAGUCUACAGGAAGAGUCCCGAUAUGCCCUCAGCAGGGCAGCUACCACUACAUUUUGUUGGGAUGUCUGUUUUAUUCUCUUAUUUGUUGUCCCUUGUCUAAACACUUGAUUUUGGUGUAAAGUCCUAAUGUGCCCUUUCCAGCUGUCUGUGAUCUUUUGUCAUGUCUACCUUUUGUCAUUUUGUAAUCUCUGGGUCAUAUAUCAGUUGUGUUCAUUCUAUUUGAGAAACUCAGUUUCAUCUUGUAUACAGUUUAAAAACCAAAUAAAAGGAAAAAGUGAUUCUUAUA